CCAGAGGAAGAAGAAGAACGUACGAACGUCAAUUUACGUCAUCACGCACGACCUGUCCUUGAAGCAAAAACACAGGCAAGAUGGUUGCGUACUGGAGACAGGCAGGCCUAAGCUACAUUCGCUUCUCCACAAUCUGCGCUAAUGUGGUGCGGGCUGCACUGAAGCCGCAGUUCAAAACCGAGGCUAUAAAAGCCGCAGAAGCUAACAUCAAAGUCCUCAAACCCAAAACACCAACAUAGCGAUGUGAGACCAUAAUGUAGGUAGUUUUCUUGGAGUUAUGGGGUCCUGUCAGUGUCUCGUACCACA